AUGGGUGACCAGGAGCAGUAUUUAUCUUCCAGCUGGAGCAGCGCAAUUACAGGAGAUCAUGUAGCUGAGAUACAAGUGAACAACUUUGCAUGUGGCGGUGUUGCCAUCAGUGUUGUUGUUUGUCACAUGAUUGCUGAUGGAACUGCCUUUAUAAUUUUCAUACAAAACAACGCAUACCCUAUGGAAGCAACCCUAAUGGCUUUGACCAUGCCUCUUCUCAGAUCCAGUAGGUGUACUGGAAGGAGCAUUGUGUUUGAUGCGUCGGUCAUUGCCUCACUUAAGGUUAAAGCAACUAGCUCAAGCGUCCCAACUCCAACAAGAGUUGAGGUAGUCUCAGCACUCCUAGUAAAAUGCAUCAUGGCUGCCUUCAAGGCUAAAUCUGGUAUUGAGAAGCCAACCUUUUAUACGCAUGCAAUGAAUUUGCGUCGAAAAGCAACCCCACCAUUCCUAGAAUCAUCUAUGGGAAACUUUAUUCGGUUAGCAGGUGUGUUAUGCACGGAUGAUGAGAAUAUGGAGUUGGCUUACACGGUGAGAAAGCUCAGAGAAGUAAAAAUGAAAAUCGAUGAUGACUUUGUGAAAGAUCUUUGCAUUGACUCAAGUGAUGAGAGGGAGCAAGUGUUUCCAAAUACAAUAAUGCUAAUGGACACAAAAUGUAGCAGUGGAAUAGAAGCAAGGGUGAGGUUGGACAAAGAAGAUAUAACCGUGUUAGAACAAGACAAGGAACUCCUUGUUUUCGCUUCCUUGGAUCCUAGUCCCAUAAAGGUCUAG